UUUGCCGAAAAUGUAAAUAAACUGUAUUUUAAUUCAUUAUUACCAAAUUUAUCAGAUUUCCUACGUGAAAGUUAAUUUAUAAUCAUUUGCUGUGCUGUAAUGGAAACUAUUGGACUGGAGAAGCAUGAGCUUCCGCCAACAAACCAGAAGAGAAUGGUUGCCUUCAUAAAUCAUUUCGUCCUGAGUACGGUUAACUUUCUGAACAAAUUUGCCGCAGAUUGUGAGGACAAAUUCAUCGAGUAUGAGUAUAAAAUGCAAAGCCUGGAAGCGUCGCUUCUCAUUAUCGAGGCAAAACUGGCCUCGAUCGAGGCUCUCAAGAACGGAACCGUGAUCGCGAGUGGUGUGCAAGAUGAGAAAACUGAAACCCCAGCGGAGGUCCAUGUAGCAGCGGAGACGGAUGAUGACCGGAGCAAAGACACCGCAGAAGUACCAAUUAAGGAAAGGGAUCAGCGAUACGACAAAUAUUUCAAGAUGGUACAAGUUGGGGUGCCGAUUUUAGCUGUUAAAAACAAAAUUAGUUCCGAAGGUUUAGAUCCUGAAUACAUCGAUGAGUUUCUGUAGCAUAUAUUUAUUUGAAAAUAAACUUUAUAUUAGUUUCAUGUAUUUUCUUAAAAAAGUAAUAUAAAACAAUCAUAAUAUAUAUUUUUGAAAUCAA